AUGGCACUGAGGAAUCCGUCGCUCUUCCUGGACUCCAGUGAGAGUGACUCAGAUGAGUUGCCAGUGUUCACCUUUCUGAAGAAGGAACCAACUUCAAUCAAGAGGUCAUCUCAGAGGGCAGAGCCAGUCGUUGUGGUUGAUACCUCGGGUUCUGAGGCCUCCUGUCCUCCAUCUCCAAGGUGGAGAGGACCAUCCCCUGUCCCAGGAGUGACUAAGACUGACACACAGGAAGGGCCCACCAGGGUGCUAAGCAGCGGAAGUGAGGAUGGGGAAGAAUUUGUUCCUCUGGCCCAACGGCUCAAGUGUAAGUUUUUGACCCGAAAGGCGCUGAGCCCUGACAGCUCCCCUGUCAAAAUUGUACAGUCUCAUUACAAUCAGGAAGGAGCAACAGCGUGUGAGGGGACACAUCAGCCGUGCCCAAAGAGCCCAAAGAAGCUUGUUCCCGCCAUUCCAGAAAAAGGCACGUGGAAUGCCCAGCACUCUGCCGGAGACCCUCAAGUCCUCUAUGCUGAAUUUCUCCCACCUCUGAAGACAAGCAGGGUCUGGCAGAAGGCACUGAGGAAAAGCUCACAGGGAUGUCAGCAACAGGCACGCAUGAGCCAGGAGGAGAGGAGGAAGAAGGUGACCCUGGAUAAUCGGCUGAAAGCCCAGAAGCCAGAGGAGUCUUUAAAGCACCUGGUCGUGGUGCUCGAUCCAGAGCUCUUACAGAUGGAAGGUGGGGGCCAGCUCCUGGGUGCUUUGCAGGGCAUGGAGUGCCGUUGUGUGAUUGAGGCCCAGGCUGUGCCAUGCAGCAUCACCUGGAAGAGGACUGGGCGGGCGGAGGAUGAAGAGGAGGGCUUGGUGGAGGAGCCAGUGGUCCUGGUGCUGUUGCUGGUGAAGGCACUUGUACCCCUGAUCUGCAACUUCAAGCAGGCCAGGCUGGGAAAUGCUGAGAAGGGGAAGGACACUCUGUGCAGCUUUGUCACUGACAUCGUGACCAGAACGGCUGGAAAGGCUCUGUCGCUGGUAAUUGUGGACCAGAAACCCUCCAGUGCUCCAAACCCUCCCCGAAGAAGGAAACAGAGUGCGGUGGCAACUAGAGACCAAGCUAAAGAGAAGCCACAGAGACAAGCAGAAGCUGAGUUUGGGUCUGGGGUGUCCAGGUUGGACGUGGAAGAGGCCUUGGUGGAGCUGCAGCUGUACACCACUGCCCAGGCACACAUUGUGCACAGCUGGAAAGAGCUGGCCGACCUGGCAUGCGCCUUCACCAAGGCUGUGGCUGAGGCGCCCUUCAAGAAGCUUCGAGACCAGACAAGUUUCUCCUUCUGCCUGGAGAAUGACUGGGCUGGUGGCACCAAGGUGGACCGCACUGGCAGGGGACUUAGUCUGGUAUGGCGGAGACAGAUUCAGCAACUGAACCGUGUCAGUCUGGAAGUAGCCAGUGCCGUGGUGGACGCUUACCCCUCCCCACAACUGCUGCUACAGGCGUACAGGAGAUGCUUCUCCGAGCAAGAAGGCAUGGGGCUGCUGGCUGACAUAAAGGUGCGUCGUGGGGAAGGGGUGACGGCCACCUCCCGCCGGGUAGGGCCUGAGCUGUCCCGGCGGAUCUACCUUCAGAUGACCGCUCUGCAGCCAAACCUCUGCUUAGAUAGUACAAACUGACUGUGGGAGACAACAUGUUAUUGUACUGGUGUCCUCACUCACCAGCUGCAGAAGGCUGGAUGCUGCCCAGGUUC